CAACCAGCAGCUAACAGUGAUACAGGUACGACGACGACUACCGGUUCCGACAUAAAAGCCCUCGCUUCUAGGAGCGAAGGCGCAAGGGGCGAUUCAGUACCGCAGCUCGACAGCACUAUGGUCAUUCCGAAAUUUGAGGCAAGCGUUGAUCCGCUUGGCAGCAUUCCCGAGCUCCCAGCCACCGAGAGGAAUGCUCCAUUCGCUACGCCCGAUCCAUCCAGGACUGCUGAGUCAUCGAGCGAUACACCUGGUUCAAGAGGGGUGCGUCACGGGCAAGGCGCGGAAGAUCAUGUAUUGAGUUGGGCGCAGUACCAUUCUCUGGGCAACCGAAAUCCCUCCUCUAGGCUUUCCCAGCCUCAUGGGGCGCCGGACGCUUCUGCUUCUGUGUGGGGUACUAUGGGCUCUAGAAGGAGUAAUGGCAUAUAGUGAGCUCUGAUAGGACUCACAUUCUCAUAUGUUUGUCCGAAUAUGGAUUUAGUCUCGGCAACUCCAAAGCGUGAGCGGAGUUUAAACAGCAGCCCGGGUGCUCAUCAACAAUGUAUAUUAGAAUUUGGUAAACGAGGCGAUUUAAUAUCACCUAUAAGAACUCAG